ACCGGGGGGGACUAAAGAAGAAGUAGUAGUUAUUUCGCGCAAUUUUUGCCGGUUAAGCUGUAAGUCAAAUUGGCGUCAGUUUUAUUUUUUUUUCUGCUUCAGACAACCUUAAAACUGAAUCUAAUAAAGUAGUCAUUUGCUGAAGACGGAGUGAACUCGCGAUGGAUGAGAAAGAGGCGCACACACAGAGACUGAAGGCAGCUGUCCACUACACGGUCAGUAAACUUUGCCAGAGCAUAGCGGCGGAGUCUGAGAAGGAGAUAAGCAAGCAAGCAGUGGCUGCGAUUGCUGAAGCCACUUUCAGACAAUGUGAGAUAUUUGCAGAAGAUUUGGAGGCCUUUGCGAGACAUGCCAAAAGACACACAAUCACUGUGGAUGAUGUGAAACUUCUUGCAAGAAGGAGUGCUGCACUGUCCAGCCACAUCCAGCAAAAGAGUGAAGAACUGGCACUAAAUAACCAGGAGCUGAAGGAGAAGAGGAAGAAGAAUGCUGCCAAGAGAAAGAGUAAGGAGAUGGAGGGAAAUGAGGCAGGAGAGACAGAAAACUGACUCGGCUGACCACAAUCUCAUCACCUGACACCGCCAAUAUGGACAAGAAGUGCACAGAUGACUAAACACGCACACGUGGCCUGAAUUAAUUUAUUUGGGGGGGGGACACUUCUUGUAAAGAUUUAUCAAUUACUCACUCACAGCCAUGGGUCAAGAUUGUGUAUUUUAUUGUAAUAUAGAAGAUGCAAAACAAUUUUCACUGCCUGUGAAUGUAAAAUUUGACUCUAUAAAAGUGUUAAUAAAUUUGAAGGGUGAGACACUUGGUAAAUAGGGCUGAAAUAAACAUUGUUUGAACUACAAAUCCCUCAGUUGACCCCAUUUUGACAAAAAAAAAUAUAAAUAAAAUAAAUUAAAUUGAGGCACUAGUGACAGACCAAUUAUAUAGCAGUAGCACACUCAAAUUUUGUACAAAACCAAACCAGUGUUUUGUCAUCUCACACCAGAAUGUCUGAGCUGUUGUUCUGGAGCCAGAUUAAGCAGAGUUAAUCCUGCACUAAAAGCAUUUCUAGCAGCCUAAGGCCACGCUUGAUCUGGCUCUAAGAAUGAAGCCCAACAUUGUGGUAGUUGGUGGUUAGCUACAUUCUACAGUCUGUAUUUCUGUUACCAGAGGCGCUAAUGCUGUAAUGGGGAACCAGACACUCCUCCAUCUUCCUCCGUCCCCAAACGGACUUUCCACCUGGGGUUCAGAUGCAACCUGCAGCCAGCCAUUUUCCAGGCCCCUAAACGUGUGAAUUCGGUUAGUUUUCAGACUUUUUUUUUUAAUUAAUUACCCCAUUCAAAGUCACUUGAGGUAAAUUCAGAAUUAAAAAAGCUGAUAUUCAAAUUAAGUUUUAUUGGAGCACUCCCUUUCACAAACCAUAUUUUUUUUUAAACAUUAAGCAAAUGUUAUUUAGAAGAAAUUCAUUCCACAGACAGCCACAUCACUCAACAUACAGGUCUCACUUACACAAUCACUCGUUCUCCCACCCUCUCAGUGGCCACUGAAGAUGUCAUCCACAAGUUCACACUUACAGGUCAAAUCACAAGGAAAAGCACACACACCAUACAGCAUUCAGAUCAGUUUUAUAUAAGCAAGACAAAAAAAAAAAAAUCAUAACAUUCCACUAGCUAUUUAAGCACAUUGUCAGUAUAUGAUAGGAGAAAAGCAAAAUGGGAAGCCUAGGAGGGAAAAAUGUAAUCCUUCAGGUACAGGUAAACUAAUGGUCCAUCUGUUCAGGGUUGUGUAUAGGUGAGGCUGGGAAAUGUCAACAAGCUCUCAUUCACGCGCUCACAAACGCCACCCAGUCACAUUUUAGCUCUUUCAUCGCACUCGCAUCAGUCUUUUCGCUCGCUCGCUUCCAUGCCUUCCUUUCUCUCCGUUCGCUCACUCUUCGCCACCACCAAGCGCACUCAACAGUUGUUAAAAAUGUUCACUUUCUGUACAGUUCUUGUGAAAUCAGAAAAAUAUGCUGACCAAAAAAAAAAAAAAAACAA